CCCAAAUGUGAGGAAGAAUUGCGGAGAGUCUUCGGUCUGACUUUGGCUGCUGAGCAGGUUAUUCUGCCACAGAAUGGGGAGUCUUAAAGAAGACAUGAGAGGUCUCAGGGACGACCACCAACCAUGUGAGAAGACGGAUGAUGGAGGACGUCCAGCAGACUCCGGCAGCAGCACUUCUGCGGAGGGAACUCCACUUCAAACAAGUCAAGAGUCAACAACACGCGAUGACUGUCAGCCAGAACUACACACAAACACCGGCUCUGUCGAGGAGGGACACAAAAACCCAGCAUCCAAAGAUCAAGUGUUCUCAGGAGUGGAUUGUGACAACACUGACAAGUCAGACUUCAGGCCCGUUAUCGAAUGUACACAGACUGAUGAAAAGCCUCUGACACCGGCAGCCGCAGCUCGGGAAGCAACAGGUACGCAGAACGAAGCAACAAUCUCUGUCAUCCUCUCAAAUGAUGCUGACCCCGAGGGUAAAACCAUCGAGAAUAUCCUAGUCCCUCUGCCGCUGACUCCCAAGGCCUCUGACCCCCAAACCCCAGCCCCUUUCGGGCAGCACCACAUGCGCACACAGGUGAGCCUGGAGGUGGUCCAGUGCUGCUCGGCAGCCACCAGCCCCAUGACUCCCCCCGAGGGAUGCCAGUCCUUCUUCUUUCCGAGCACUUUUGGUAAAUCUGGCGGUGCUGGCACCGAUACCAAAGAUGCGGAGCUGCAGGUGGGUCCACAAGUGGAGUUCUGCUCUGUUGCCACAUCCCCAAUGACCCCGAAGACGCCGUCAGCCACAGCUUUCCCGGAGCUCGUUGGGAGAGAGGUGGCCCGGAAGGAAGAAACGGUAGGGAAGAGUGAAGAGACAAUGGAUUGUGGCCAACGAGAGAGUUUUGCAGCAGCAAAGAGCCCAGCAGAGACGAGGAAACACAAAACCGCAGCGAUGAAAUCUGUUACAUCAAAGGAGCUGAGUCAAAGCUUAGGCUCAAAUGCAUCUCCAGGGAGUUCCACCAGCUGCUCGUCUGCCAGGUUAAUAGAUUCACAAGCGACUCUGGAGGAUAGCAAUCAGCACUGUAAGCAGCAGAGGAUGGGGAGCAUGGAUCAAGACAUCACAAUCCUGGUGACCCAUUACGGCAACAAUGACGAGGAAGAGGAGGAGGAGGGGGCCUAUUUUCAUUCUACAGAAACAGAGAUGGGGGAAGUAGAUGAAUAUGAGGCAGGAAGGGAAAGCAAGAGUGGCAUAAAGUGUGACGAUAAAACAGAAAAAACCUCCAAGGAAACUCCUGGUAACACAAAGGACGUGUCAAACACAAAUCCUGAACAAAAAGAGCCAAAAGGACCAAGAGCAUCCAUGAAAGCUGAACAUUCAGGAGUCACAGAAGACAAAGAUACACGUGAGGAGGCGGCAGAUGCUCCUGUAACCAAACCUCACAUUCCUGAAUCCCCGGCUCCAUUCGGCUGCCACAACAUCCGCACACAGGUGAGCCUGGAGGUGGUGCAGUGCCAGUCGGCCGCUACCAGCCCCAUGACCCCUCCUGAGGGAGACCACACCUUCUUCUUCCCAAGCUCCUUUGGUAAAUGUGGGGCCGUGGGCACGGUCACUAAAGAUGCUGAGCUGCAGAAGGGACCACAGGUGGAGUUUCGCUCUGUUGCUACGGCACCCAUGACUCCAAGAACUCCCACCGCAGCAACUUUCCCUGAGAUCAGGAAGGAGCCUAGCAUUGAGGAGAAGAGAGUAAUGGAGGAGGAGGAUGAAAAGGAGCAGCUGACAGAGAACAAAAAUGAAGCAUAUAAAGACGACAAUCAAGUAACUACGGAGGAAAAGGCUGAAGAGGACAAAGAGGAGAUUAUAAACUGUACGGAAGGUGAGGACACGUGUGAGGAGCCGGUGCAGGAGGUGAGCUGGGACGAGAAGGGCAUGACGUGGGAGGUGUACGGGGCAGUGGUGGAAGUAGCCGUGCUGGGCUCUGCCAUCCAGAAACACCUGGAGAAACAGGUGAAGAAGCAAAAGAAGCAGUCCUCCAUGCCACCGCCACCUCCGCUCAACCCCUCGGCCACACCCCUCACUUCGGAGCACAUCCAGAAGUGUUCAGGUAAGGGACGGGAAGGGAAAAGAGGGGAGCAAGACGGGAAAGUGAGCAGGCGUAGAAGAAAUCCCUUCCGCCUGCUGAUGGAGAACAUGCAGCAGCCGCACUGUUGCUCCAGAUCCCAGUCCGCUGAGUAACAAGAGAGCUUUGAUCACGCUGCAACAGCUGACUGGCGAAAGUGAGCCGUGUCACAUCUGAUAUAUGGCUGUGACAGUCUGAUUUACUACAACCUGGCACGGUGUUGACAGGGCGAGAAACAAAUCACCUCCUCGCACAAGACAAACAAGCACAAAAGCACAUAGACUUCGUACCAUGGAGCAUUAAUCAGAGAGGAACAGCCAUACUGAACUACUUUUCUUGUGUUUACUGCUUCUUCUAAAAUUUUCUGUGACAUCACCUUGCCCAGACUAACAGGGUCAUGGAUCCAUCAUUGCCAUCAUUUAAUUAGUUCCCUUCCUUUAGUGUUUUCAGUCACCGACUGAGUCAUUUUAGCUCUUGGCGCUAAAAUAUA